AAAUUUUAGUGUUCCUGGCGUACGAUGAAGUUGUUGAAAUAGAAAUAUUUAAGUUCAUUGCAAACUGCUCAACUAUCUAAAAAUAGAGAAAUUAUUACCCGUUUCAGCGUAUUUUUAACAUCUGGGUCAUUGCUUAUUUCGGUCACCUGUUACAGAAUAGACGUAACAAAGAUGCGCGCGGAAAAUCGACUUUGCGUCUGCUCAAUGCCGCGCGUAUGCUAGUGCGGCUCGGAGACGGGGACGUGUGGUCGGCUGUUGGUGCGUUUGCUUGGCACUGGUUUGAAGCAGGUGUGAAUCUUACUGUACUGCCGCACUUGUUCAAAUCAUCUACGAACGCUUUGUCAUUUUGUAUUCUAUUACAACGUGGCGAUGGCUGACUCAGCUCCAGCAGACCAGUCCUCAAAGGCCGCCGUGGAGGUGAAGCAAGCCGAGAAGGAAAAAUCACCGAAGUCGUCUCCUUCCAAGGCUGACACGAAUGAAGCACUGCAGCACCUGGUGCAGGGCAAGCGCCACUUGCUGGUGCGUGACAUCCACUCUGCAGUGAACUCGCUGCAGGAGGCCUGCAGGCUGCUGGCCGAACAGUACGGCGAGACAGCUGACCCCUGUGGCGAAGCUUACUUCGCCUACGGCAAGGCUCUGCUGGAGCUCUCGCGCAUCGAGACAGGCGUGCUGGGCAACGCUCUGGAGGGAGUGCCAGAGGGAGAGGAUGCUGACACAUCACAGACAGAGGCGCCAGAUAAGCUGUCAGAGGAGGAGAAACUGCAGGUUAUGGAAGAGGUCGACGAGGCCCUUCAGGAGAAUUUCCAGCUGCUGGAAAAGGCUAGCUCGCAGCAGCAGCAGCUGCCAGCUGACGGGACUGGGGCUGGCCCGACUAGUAGCGCGACAGAGAAAAACAGCAAGCCUGCUGGGACAGAAGCUACUGAGCCGCCGCCCGUGGAGGACGCGGGCGCCAUGGAGGUGGACGGGGCGUCGGCCGGCCCGACCGGUAGCGCGGCGGGCAGCGACAGCAAGCCUACCGGAACGGAAGCGACCGAGCAGCCGCUCGUGGGGGACGCGGGCGCCAUGGAGCCGCUCGUGGAGGACACGGGCGCCAUGGGCGUGGACGGGGCGUCGGCCGGUCCGACCGGUAGCGCGGCGGGCAGCAGCAACAAGCCUGCCGGAACGGAAGCGACCGAGCAGCCGCUCGUGGACGAUGCAGGCGCCAUGGAGGUGGACGGGGCGACGACCGGCCCGACGGCGGACGGCGCCGCACCGCCGCCUGACUCUGGCUUCAACAGCGCUAGCCUCUCGCCCGUGAGCGGGCCCCCGGCGAGUGUGGAGAAGACGGGCGGCAGUGGGGACGCGGCUGAGCCGACGGCCGGCGGACCGCCCGCCGGUCCGGAGGAAACUGUCGGCAGCAGAGACGCGGCCGAGCUGGCUCCCAGCGCUGAGGAGGCCGCAGCUGAAGCGGGGUUGGCUGCGGAGGAGAAGGUGGCCGCACAGGAUGGGAAGGCCUGUCUGAAGGACGGGGAUGAAGACCAACCAGCGGCUGAUACGACGGAGCCGCCCGCGCAGCCGGCCAAAGAAGGGGAGCGCGACCAGGAGGUGGACGCCCAUGGCGAGGGCCGAUCGGCGGCCUCAGUCCCGGAGUCUGGCGGCUGUAAGGACGAAGCUUCGGCAUUGGAAGCCGACAGAAGACCUGUCCCGUCCGUGCCGGAGCGCGCCCCCUCUGCGUCUGAACCGAUGUCGGACCUAAACGCCCCCCUCGCUGCGCCGGGCGCGGACUCUGUGCCCGCUGCCGCUGCGCCGGCGACGACAGAAGUGAAGCCAGUUGAAUCGACAGAGGACGACGAGGACGGCGAGGGCAGCGAGGAGGACGACGCUGAGGAGCAGGCGGCUGCGGACAAGGGCGGUGACAGCGACACGGCGUCUGCCGAGGAAGCGGCCUCCGCCGAGGAAGCGGCCUCCGCCGAGGAAGACGCCGACGCCGGCCGCGCCGGUGACACAUCGCAGGACUGCGACACGGAGGAGGGUGACGGCGACGGCGACGGCGACGGCGACGGGGAUGGGGCGAAGGAAGGGGACGACGGCGAGGACGAGGACGUGCCGAACAUCCAGCUGGCCUGGGAGGUGCUGGAGCUGGCCAAGAUCAUCUUUGCCAGACAAGCGUCGGACCGGCCGUCCGACCUCAAGUUGUCCGAGGUGUACCAAAAGCUUGGUGAGGUCAGCAUUGAGGCCGAGAACUACGCCCAGGCCGUGGACGACCUCAACAACUGUCUGGACAUUCAGAAGAAGCACCUGCAGCCGGACGACCGGUUGAUCGCCGAAACACACUACCAUCUGGGCGUGGCGCACUCGCUGGCCAACCAGUACUCGGAGGCUAUCGCCAGCUUGCAGGCGUCAGUCGACACCAUCCUGGCGCGCGUACAGCGUCUCCAGGGGCAAAUCGUCGACCGCGAGCAAGGCAAAACAAUCGAGCACGACGACCCCUUUUACAAAGAAGAGAAUGAAAUUAAGGAGCUCCAAGAUCUGCUGCCCGAUAUCAAGGAGAAGAUUAAUGACAUGCAAGAGAUGAAGAGUGAAGCGCAAAAGAAAAUCGCCGAGAUGUUCGCCGGCGGCGCCGGGCCGUCCACCUCGGCCGCCCCCAUCUCACCGGUCAAGGUCAUGAUGACGUCACGGCAGGCCACGACGGCGGCCGAGGCCGACGGCGAGCAGAAGGAGGCACGCAGUAUAGGACACCUGGUCAAACGCAAGCGGCUGUCCGGAGAAUCUGCCGAGGAGGAGGCCAAGCGCCUUGGAAACAUGGCCGAGCGACGUGGCAAGCUGUAA